GUAAAGGUGGUGCCACAUUUUAAUUGUUUACCUAAAAUGGCAUCUUAGUCAUUUGUGUCUCAGUCAGUCUCAAUGGUAAACGCUAUAUUAAUCUAUGCUCAGUAGUUCGUUAGUCAGUGUGUAUUGGUGGUGUCUGUGCUAUAUUUUGUGCAGUAGUGUUAGAAGUGAGCGUGUUCAUUUAAAAUAUGAAGAUAACGAAGAUAAUCAGUAGCAGAUAAGAUAUCCUUUAAAAGAAAAACACGUGUAUGUAACUUUUUUCAUAAAGAACAAUGACGGUGCCUUUGAUGAAAUACGUUUUAAGUAACUGCCUCAUUUUAUGUGUAAUAAGCACCAUUGUGAUAGCACAGAUACCCCAAGAAUUCACGUUACAAAACCCAUGUACAACGAAAUCAAAUUGCCGUGAGUGCAUCCAGACUCCAAGCUGUGCUUGGUGCACCGACCCUGAGUACAAAGGGAGCGCUAGAUGCUUCCGGCCGCUCUCUGGCGUCAUCUCCAACAAGCUCUGCCGCGAGGAGUACGUCCUGAACCCGAUCAGCAUACUCAGCGUCACAGAAAACUUGAAACUUACAAGUGCGCGGUCUGGCUCCGGCGGCGGUGGGACUAUGGUGGGAGUCGGAACAGGCAGUUUCCAGUAUAAUGAAACGUGGUCGGGGAAGGGCAAAAUUAACGGAAACUUCGGAUCCGGUGGCGGAGCCGCCAGUCACGGUAGAAUCGUCCAGGUGGCGCCACAAAGACUGAGUUUGAAACUAAGGGCAAGAGAAACACAGAGGGUUAGUAUGUACUACUCCUAUGCCGAAGGCUAUCCUGUUGAUCUUUAUUAUCUUAUGGACCUUAGCCGCUCUAUGAAGGAUGAUAAGGAAAAUCUGUACGCCCUCGGCGACCAGCUGGCUUCUACAAUGAGAAAACUUACACCGAAUUUCAAGCUGGGUUUCGGAAGUUUCGUCGAUAAGGUUGUUAUGCCGUAUGCCAGCACUCUGUCAAAGAAUUUAGUAAGUCCGUGCGAAGGUUGUGCAGCACCUUACGGCUUCAAACAUGCGAUGAUGUUGUCGACUGAUUCUUCUCAGUUUUCACACAUGGUGAAGCAAGCUAACAUUUCUGGAAAUCUAGACACUCCAGAAGGAGGUUUUGAUGCUAUUAUGCAAGCUAUCGUGUGUAAGAAUCAAAUAGGUUGGAGAGAUAAGGCCAGAAGACUACUCGUAUUUUCUACAGACGCUGGUUUUCAUUUUGCCGGAGAUGGAAAGCUGGGUGGUAUAGUUAAGCCCAAUGAUGGCAAUUGUCACUUAUCGCACGAAGGUUUCUAUACUCAGUCAUCUUACCAAGACUACCCUUCCAUCGGACAGAUAAAUCUCAGUGUACAAAGGAAUUAUAUCAACGUAAUCUUUGCCGUUAACAGAAGCACUAUUGGUAUUUAUAAGCAGCUAGCUAAGAGCAUAGAAGGGGCAUCUGUUGGUGAACUGAAAAGUGACAGUUCCAAUAUCGUACAACUCAUAAAGGAGCAGUAUCAACAGAUCUCUUCAACCGUCGAAAUGAAACACAAUGCUUCAAGUGCUGUCAGCCUUAAAUUCCACAGUCGGUGUUUGGACUCCACUGGUGCUUUGGUGAAUACCAACAAAUGUGCGAAUAUAAAGGUUGGAGAUCUCAUCCUUUUUGAAAUUGACAUUGAAGUGCUCAAGUGUCCCAAAAACCGCGCUGACCAUUUCCAAACAAUCAGAAUUUACCCAGUCGGUAUAGAUGAAAGUUUAACUAUCGACUUGCAGAUGUUGUGUGAAUGUGACUGCGAAAAACCAGGACACAAGUUUUAUCAAGAAAAUUCUCCGUUUUGUUCGCAUCGUGGUACAUACAAGUGUGGUAUUUGUGAAUGUAUACCUGGUGCUUUUGGACGUACAUGUGAAUGCACCUCCAAAGAAGACGGUCAUAACGUUACCAGGACGAACUGUAUUGAUCCCAAAAACCCUACUGGCCCUGAAUGUUCCGGGAAAGGGCAGUGCAAUUGUGGAGUUUGUGAAUGUGUAAAACGCGACAAUGACGAGUUAAUUUAUGGUACCUACUGCGAGUGUAACAAUUUCUCAUGUGAACGACUCGACGGCAAGCUUUGUAGUGACCAUGGAAAAUGUGAUUGUGGUAAGUGCCUUUGCACUCCCGAAUGGACAGGUCCCAACUGCGCCUGCCGAAAAUCCAAAGACAACUGCUACCCUCCAGACAGUAACAUUACUUGUUCUGGACAUGGAGAAUGCGUAUGCGGUCAAUGUGUUUGUGACUAUGUCAAAGAGGGACGGUAUACUGGCAAGUUUUGUGAGAAAUGUCCCAACUGCAAGGAUAGAUGUGACGAGUUUAGAGACUGCGUGCAAUGCCGACAGUACAAAACAGGCCCACUAAAUGAGGCGGAUUGCGCUGCAAACUGCACGACGUUAACUCUCAUACCCGUGAAAAAGGCAAUUGCUGAUGAAGAAGGAGGUGAGAUACAGUGCCCCUAUAUAGACGAAGAAGGCUGUCAUUACACCUACGUUUAUUAUUAUGAUGAUAAAAAGAAGUUACAAAUUAGGGUGCAAGAAGAAAGGGAGUGCCCUGAGACCCUUCAAUUACCAAUCGUUAUUUUGGGUGUGAUAGCUGCCGUGGUUCUUAUUGGUAUGGCGAUGUUGCUUCUUUGGAAGGUAUUUACCACCAUACACGAUAAGAGGGAAUUUGCCAGAUUUGAAAAGGAGAAGAUGAUGGCCAAGUGGGAUACUGGAGAGAAUCCGAUUUACAAGCAAGCCACGUCGACGUACAAAAAUCCUACUUACUCAGGAAAAGGUUAUCAUUAAAAUAUGCAUUUUUUUACAGUAAAAAUCUAAUUUUAAUCUAUGUUUUGUAAAGUUUAUUGGAACGAGAUAAAUUAUUACAUGCAAAUAAAGUACUUACUUUCUUUUAAUGGUUACAGAUUUGUCAAGAAAUUUGGAAAAUUAGAUUGUGUGCAUUAGGGACCAAAGAAAAAAACGAAUAUUUUUUUUUCGUGUCCCUUGUGAAAAUAUGUUAGCUUAUCAUGUUUUAAGAGC